AUGAAACGUGCUCUGCUCUCUGCACUGACGAUGGUGGCUUUCGUGACCUGUGUUGGUGGAGCCCCCAUAGACUUACCAACAGAUGCCCCAUCAGGAGAGGGCGAUGUGCGACCCCUGGACCUCCUGAGUGACAGUCCAUUGUGGAAGGUCCUGCUGGAUGCUACUCACCGAAACAGGCAAAUGUUUGACAGAGAAUUCUCAUCCAUAAUGGACUAUCUACAUUUGGACAACUUCAACAUUUCCUCUUUUCCUGAGGACUGUCAGAACACAUCAAUAAACAUGGAAGGGUGCCUGAAGAGACUAGUGCGAGGUUUACUGGUUUUUCAAGUUCUUCUGAAACACGUGGAGAGAGAAUACCCCAAAAGUGAGAUCCUGCCUAAGCUCAAGUAUUUCUGCAGACUCUUGACGAGUGCAGCAGGACAAAAGAUGAGAAAUUCAGACAUAAUCCAAACUCUGAGCCAAAGUGAUGAGGACAGUCUGCUGAAGGAAGUGGGUCAUCCAGACACUUUCUACAGAAAAAUGUUUGCUCACAACAUCCUCCGGAAAUUGCAUGAGUUUCUCAGAGAAACCAAAUUCCAAAUCAAAAAGAGAGAGAGGAGGCCUGGAUUUACCUCUUCAUGA